AUGGAAAGAGAAAAGGCAAGAAGGCUCUCCAACAACUUGCAGCAAACUUUCCAUCACUCUAAAGAACCUACCUUUCUUAUCCACCAAGCCAUCCUACCUAGUGACUGCCAUUCCACCCUUUUGCCAGAAACAGCGUGUGUCAAUUUCAGUGAAAGAAUAAAGACAAGUGCUCAGAGGUAUAGACCUGGAACAGUGAUUCUAUCAAAACGGCCCAGUAGGAAAAUGAUGUCGGGAAGCCAGCCCAGCCCCCCUGUGAUCGUGUCCCGAAGGCCAGGAUCCCGUGUAUGCUACAUCUGUGGCCGAGAAUUUGGAUCCCAGUCUAUCGCCAUCCAUGAGCCCCAGUGCCUAGAGAAGUGGCGGAUUGAAAACAGCAAGUUGCCCAAGCACCUGCAGAGGCCAGAGCCCUCCAAACCACAGCCUCCGGAGGCCAGGGGGUCCUUUGGUGUGCAGGCUGCUAACCAGGCGGCCCUUCAGCGUGCCCAGGCUCAGCUGCUUCCCUGUGAGUACUGCGGCCGCACGUUCCUGCCAGAUCGGCUCCUUGUGCACCAGAGAAGCUGCAGGUCAAAGGGUCAGGUCCCCCAAGCGCCACGCCUCAACUCUUCUCGUGAUCUUCCUGGCCUCAAGAAAGCCACGAGCGGCAUCCCAGCCCGACCGAGGGCUCUCAUGUGCUACAUUUGUGAUAGGGAAUUUGGCACCCUGUCCCUCCCUCUUCAUGAGCCCAAAUGCCUAGAAAAGUGGAAAAUAGAAAAUGACCGGCUCCCUAAGGAUCUCCGCCGGCCACUGCCACAGAAGCCUCAGCCCCUUCCAACUGGGCAGCCCAGCCAAGAGGGGACAAGUCCAGCUCAGUUUGUGCCCUGCCCAAAUUGUAACCGGACCUUUGCCCCAGCUCGCCUUCUGGUGCACCAGAGAAGCUGUAAAGCUCAACCUAGUGGACCAAAAGUCCCAAACUUGACCUCAGGAAGUAAAGGUGGCCUAAAUGCACCCACUACUUCCAAGCAGCGGAGGAACAUGCAGCACCCGCUCUAA